AUGCACCAAGAGGCCCGAGAGAGCUACGCUUACGAUCUGCAACAUUGGCAACCUGAUGUUGAUGAUGCCCUUAUCGACUGGAGCGACGAUGUGCCACAUUACAAAGACCGCCUAGGCUCCGCCGCCUUCCAGGCAACUCUAUUAACUGGCUGGCCUUUAAUUAGCCCCGCAGCGUGGAGAGCAGCAUCAAUUUUACGACCACAUCUGUCUGUAGAAUUGCGUUGUUAUUUUUCACGCCCACUCACUGCUAUCACAGCCCCAGAUACAUGGAUCCCAUGCCUUUUGAGCAUGUGGCCACAUCCCCCAUGCCCAUUGUCUACCGUGGUCGUUCAGAGCACAACCAAAUCUCCCUUUAUCGGUUCUUUUCUGAGCCUCAAGAAUACGAUGAACGUCAGCAUUUACUCUACCACUUUAACUACGCUCAUUCUCUACAUCCGGCCGGAAGCCACAGAUGAACCAAACCAUCAUCCUAUUACUACCGAAGUUAACGCGAUAGACGAGUGCGGAGAAGUGAACGCAUUCCUUCGUGAUGCUCCCGCUCUACUCCCAUCCCUGAACUUUAUCGGUAUUGGUGGAAGUUACUCGUUUCUGUGCCUGACCACACUUUUAUCGCUAUGUCGACAUCUUGGACGCCGGUCGAGUUCACAUACCGACGUCAGUAGCCAACACUUUAAGCUACUGAUUGAUGAAUCUUGUUGCCGAUUCGACGAUCCCAUUUCGAACGAUGCUCCUGCGACAGUGAUCGCUUGGCACUCAGCUAUCUUGGCGACUGGAAAUAACAUGACGCGACGAAAAGCAGCAACCCAACAGUGCAUUUCCGCCGCGCUUGCACAACUCAAAUGGUGUUUCCUUAACACAGCGCAGUUUCAGAGUGAAAUGAUGCACUACCUGGACCGACACUCUUCUUCUGCUACGACGUAG